GUCCCUACCGCAUCAAUUUACCCGCGACAUCCGUCUCUACCACGCCCACUGGCUCGCCGUCUCCGAGAUGUGCCAGUCGCCCGCAAACGGCGCGCCCGGGAGCUCGCCCUCGUAGUGCGGGAAGAAUUUCAGGGCCGGGAUCGUGCCCGGGUACUUGUAGGCCAUGACGAAGCCGAUGACGCCGAACAUGGCCGCGCGGCCGUUCUGCAGCUCGACGAGGCGGCCGCGCUUGCGCUUGGCGUCGUCCCAGUUCUUCAUGCUGUUAAUGGGAUCCCACAAGGAAUACUUCUUGGCGGGGGGGUCGAAGAAGACGGUGCCGCCCUUGCCGCCCGUCAUGUAGUGCGGCCGCUCCAUCUCGCCACCUGUGCGGACAUCAAGUCUGAAUCUCGAUCGCCGCCGCAGCAACCCCGUCCGUCGUCUCACGAAGACUCCAUCGACGCGGUAGUGUGUGUUCUCAGACUAGUCUCUUCAACCAACAACAUCAAGAGUGAGUGUACCAGCCGUCGAUUCCCACGCGGCGCGCCACAGAUCUCCAUCAAACCGACCCAGGCGAUGAUCUGGUACUUGCCGUACAUGGGCAGGUUGUCCCACGUGUCCAUGGGCGUCGCGCCGAGGCAGCUCUUCCAGGUCACGCCCGGCGCGAUGUUGCCCGGCCACGUGAUGCCCGUGCCGCCGACGAUGAAGCCGACGAAGGCCGCCAUGGCCACGCGGCAGUGCUUGAGCUCCGCCGCGCGGUACCACUCGAGCGUCGGGCCGAAGGGCGUCGUGUCCGCGAGGUUCAGCGGGUCCCAGGCGCCGCCGGGGUUCGCGAUGUUCGGCACGGGGCCCGGCGGCGCGCCCUCGAGGUUGUCGAGCGCGCCGCUCUCGCCGCCGCCGUAGAACGCGCUCCGCGCGACCGCCGCCUUGGGCGCGACGGGCGCGACGUAGGCGCGCGCGCCGGCGCAGAGCGCGAGCGCGGUCGCGAGCCGAGCCAUGCUUGUCUGCCUGCGGGCGCGGUGCCGUGAGUCUUCUGUGUCGAGUGUCUCGGCGGCGGGCAGCGUUUCUUCUCUCUCUCCUCAUUUUUGGCGUUCCGGCUGGAUGCAGCGCGAGCUGGCAGCGUCCGGAGGCUGGAUGCUGGCCUCGCGGCGCGCGGCGGCUGGCGUACGUCCAGCGUUUCGCGCUCCAGACCUCCCCUGCCCAAAACAGCUGUCCGGCGCGUAGCCGCGAUCUCUGCGCUCGAAAUUGCUGCGGCUGACCGUCAACGUGACAAUUGAACUUCUCGACGCGAUAAUUGCCGUGUAGGAUGACGCUGUAGCCAGUACUCGCCUCGAUGAACUCCGAAGCCGUGAA